GGAAUUGAACCGUGAUCUCCUGGAUCCUAGGUUGAUGCUCAACCGCUGAGCCAUGCCUGGCCAGGCCACAAAAGUUUUUUAAUAAGCUAAUUUCCAUAAAACAUUUUGCAGUUCUUCCUUGGUAAUGUCCAUAUCCAGUAAGCACAGGAGGUACCUUAAGUUUGGAGAGUUAGGACUCUGCCACUAAACUUAUUUCUUGAAAAAAUAAACUAAUACAUUUGGAAUAAGUACCAGAAAGAUAGGUAAAAGCAGAGAAAUGUUUCAGAUUAAGACCUUAAUGUUUCUUCCUUCUUACUGUCUUUUCAGACAAAUGACCAUGGAAACAAUUGAAUCUCAGCAGGAUGGAAGUGUAACAGAUUCUGUGGCAGAGAGAGAAUCUGCACAUGUGCAGGCCCAGACUGGUCAAAAUUCAAUCCGUACUUUAGCUCAGGUAGCAACAAUCGCAGAGACAGAUGAGCCUACAGAAUCAGAAGGUGUAAUUGAUUCUCAUAAACGCAGAGAAAUCCUUUCACGAAGAUCCUCUUAUCGAAAAAUACUGAAUGAACUUUCCUCUGAUGUGCCUGGUGUUCCCAAGAUUGAAGAAGAAAAAUCAGAGGGAGAAGGAACGCCACCUAACAUCGCUACCAUGGCAGUACCUACUAGCAUAUAUCAGACUAGCACGGGGCAAUACAUUGCUAUAGCCCAAGGUGGAACAAUCCAGAUUUCUAACCCAGGAUCUGAUGGUGUUCAGGGACUACAGGCAUUAACAAUGACAAAUUCAGGAGCUCCUCCACCUGGUGCUGCAAUUGUACAGUAUGCAGCACAAUCAGCUGAUGGCACACAGCAGUUCUUUGUCCCAGGCAGCCAGGUGGUUGUUCAAGAUGAGGAAACUGAACUUGCCCCAAGUCACAUGGCUGCUGCCACUGGUGACAUGCCAACUUACCAGAUCCGAGCUCCUACUACUGCUUUGCCACAGGGAGUAGUUGUGGCUGCCUCACCAGGAAGUUUGCACAGCCCCCAGCAACUUGCAGAAGAAGCCACACGCAAACGAGAGCUGAGGCUAAUGAAAAACAGGGAAGCUGCUAAAGAAUGUCGACGUCGAAAGAAAGAAUAUGUAAAAUGUCUGGAGAGUCGAGUUGCAGUACUGGAAGUUCAGAACAAGAAGCUUAUAGAGGAACUUGAAACCUUGAAAGACAUUUGCUCUCCUAAAACAGAUUAGUAGAAAUAUUUAACUAUGAACUGAUUACAACAUGUACAGUUGCUUUUGAAGGCAAUACAAUAUGUAGCCGGCAAGAAUUAUGGCUUUUUCCUUUGUAUCAUUCAUCAUAUUCUCUAAUUUCUAACAUUCCUAAAAUGCUUCAUUGUACGUAGUUAACUUAGCUGUAACUUCAAUUUUUUAAAAGAGACAAACUGUAAAAAAUUGUAUUUAACAAAUUCUUAAAAUGCAAUAUUUGUAAGACUUGUUACAAUGCCACAUAUUUGCAGUCCCCAAUCUCUGUGUCCUGAAUAGUGUCCUAUGCAAUAAAAUUUUCUGCAGGUCUUUUAAAAAUUAUUUUAGGAAAGGAUGAUCAAAGGUAAUGCAUCCAGCAGUACAAUAAAAUAAACCGCAAAAAAUACCUCAGGAAAGAAUUGAAAGAAUCUAAUGAUAUGCCUUUAUGAAAAUAAUAGCCUAUAAAUGAAUUUAUGGCAUUUGCAGAUUUUUAUAUUAGUUUCUUUGUAAAGAAAAUACUGUGUUGCUGUCCUUGAAUGCCAUAGUUGGAGAAUGUUUUUAAUAGAACCAUGUUGGUUACACUUGUAGUGUUCGGUGGUCAUUUAACUAUCUGAACAUU